CGAAAGCUUUUGUCGCAUAAAAUCAAGCUUUCAGUUGAAGCGCUUGUGAUUAACUUUUGAUAUUGCCUUGAUUUUUAUAUCACAUCAGCUCUACUAUAAAAAGCGCUUUUGAGCGCAUUUUCAGCUUUUAAGUCAUAUUGAAAGCUACACACUGAUAUUUGGAGCUUUCAAUUCACAAUUUUGCCACUCAAAAGUUAAUAGACGCUGCGAAGGUAACAUGGCUUAAAAUAAAGAUAAAGUCAGAGUUAAAUUGGCAGACCUCAGCUUGCUACCGAGUUAAAUGUUGAUCUGAAUAACUCUGUAUGUAUUUUAUAAAUAAAACAGGUUUGUAAUAUAGUGGCUUUCACAGUUUCCUUCAGUUUUCAUUCUAUGUUACCAAAAAAGCCAUUUCCGUCUGUCACAAAGAACCGGAAGCAUUUUAUAAGCGUGUUUCUGUUACAAAACUAGAAGUAUAUUUUAAAAUGUAGGACGUUUCUAGCCAAAAUCUUAAAAGAAAAACAGGUGAAGUGCAUUUUUUUAAUCCAAACGUAAGAACAGAGAAUUGAUAAAACAUAUCAAAACUCUCUACCGUUAAUGGAAAUCGAACGUGCUGCGUUGAAAGUGUAUAACAGUGGCAAACGCUGGCCCGAACAGCUCAGUCCGCUCGCGAUUACAGGCAACUAAAGAGCGGCAGCUAGUCAGUGGUCGCUGGUGCUAGUUGUGGAUAAAUGUAAAUAAGCAUGUGCCUACGCGCCACAAGAACGGUGAAAACGCCAACAACAGCAAUAAAACAGCUGAUGCGUUCAGCAUUAAAUAUUUUUACCUUGUGCAGUGUUUUCGUCAGUGUUGUUGCCAGAGAAGCGGUGAAACCACCUGAUGACGUCGCUACUGAACUGAAGCGUGUUGGAACAGGUGUCAUAGCGUCGGUGAAUACGUCGGUACACAACGGACUGCCAUGCAUCAUUGAUACGCAAUAUGAUUUGCCGAAGCCGAACCUACCGCAACCGCUGUAUGUCCGUCCAAACUCAACAGAGUACUGGCUGCCAAAUAACGACGGUUAUCAGAUACCACAAGGCAACAGCAUAGAGUUGAUCUGCACCUCACCUUUUGCGAAUGCCACCACAAAUACUGCGGGUAUAUCACGCAGGAAGCGUUCCAUCCGCCCGCGCUGCUUACAAGGCACCACAUUCACGUUGAACGGCGAGAAAUACGAAUUUCGGCAAUUUCUCUGCACGCAGCCGGUGAAAUACACUGUCGAGCGCACAGCGCAGACCUGCGCCAACAAUAGCGCUCAGCUGUAUCGCGUUGGCUACAACUUGACGAGGUCACAUUUCCUGGAAACCAUGCAGAUUUGUCACGACGACGACGAACUGCGCACGCAUUUUGUGCGUUACAUGCUUCAACCGGCCAACCAAUACUAUCAGCCCGGCGUAAAGCGUUUAAGCUUCUCGAAAGCUAAGCAUUUCACACAAUACGACAUGAAUUAUUUCUACUCUCAGAAGAAUCAACAACAACAGGCCUCACAGUUGUUGGGCAGCGAAGCGCAUGCGCAAACCUGUUUCGAUAAGAAAUCGCUCUUUCUAUCGCGCGGUCAUCUGGCUGCCAAAGCCGAUAUGAUCUAUGCCACACAGCAGCGCACCACAAUGUACACUUUCUUCAAUGCGGCACCCCAGUGGCAGUCGUUCAAUGGCGGACAAUGGGCCACAUUGGAGGAGCGCGUGCGCGCCUCUGUCCAAAAGUUGAAACAAACGGUGACCUGCUAUACCGGCACUGUGGGCGUAAUGCAAUUGAGAACCGCCAGCGGAAAUAUGCUUCGUCCUUACUACUUGUCUUACGAUAAAAAUAAUAACGGCUUGUUGCCGGUACCGGCUCUGUACUUUCGCAUCAUUGUAUCUGCGGAUGGACGUGCUGGCAUCGUGUUGCUGGGGACUAACGACCCAUUUGCUACAAUGCGCGAAAUACACGAGGAAUAUGUGAUAUGUACGGAUGUGCGCGAGCAAGUGCCUUGGCUUAAAUGGAUGCGCAAUAGUGAAGAGACCUUGAAGAGCGGAUACUUGUAUGCCUGCAGAGUGGAUGAGUUCAUAAAAGCGGUGCCGAUUCUGACGACGGAGCUCGCUGAUGUGGCUGAGUUGUUGGUACAAAGUUAACGGGGGCUUAGGUGCUGAAUGUGACGGGCCUAUAUAAAAGGCCUGUUGCUUGAUCCCCUACUACUGAAUCCCUUUGACGUAUACAAUCCUGAUAAGAAUCAGCUGUUCCAUUUUUAGUGUUUAACGCUGCAAUCAAAAGAGUCAAAUAGUACAAUUUUUUCUUAGCUUGUAAUUUAUUAAAAUAAAUUCUGUGCGUGUGAAUCCGUAAAUAAUAAAUUUUUAUUUUGUACAAGCAGAAGUUCAUAUUUACAAAAAUAUUAAAAGUAGGAUCAUAUAUUCCCAUUCUUCUCAAAGUAAGUGAAACUAGUUCUUUCCAGGAUAUACUAUAUAUCUACAUAAAGACUGUCAGGUUAAAGCCGACUCAGAUUUUCAAGCUGUCAUGAACUUUCGACUCCUUUUCCUUAAAAUGUUAUGGAAUAUUUUCUGCUGUUACAACGACAACAACAAGAUAUCACUCCAUUUCUUUCAACAUUCAACUCUAGCAUUGCAAGCCACUGAUUGCAGUUAAAGCCGUUGACAGCUAAUUAGAAACGCUACUUAGUUUGAAGUAAAUGAUGUUAUUUUCCAAUAAAUCACUUAUUAUUUAUUGUUUUUUACUGAUUUUAU